GAAGUGAUCCCACUCUUGCUCGCUCUUCCUAUUUAAAAAAAAAAAAAAAGUUAAUUUACGAUUACGUCCACAUUAUUAUGUUCCACAUAGUAUGUGCAUAUAUAAUCCGACAUUCUGAAUAAAUGAUGAAAAGUGUCGGGGAAUGUUGAUAGUAAACUCACCUGUCUGAGAUGACUCGAGCAGACAAGACACACCUUCCUGAAACCCGACACUUUAGUUUUCAAGAGUUGGAUAAGUGAAACAAGCCCAACUUCACUUGGAAAAAGGGUGGCGCCGCUUUUGUACGAGCCUACCUUUACACCCCGAAAGCUGAACACCGGCCAUGGGAGACGUCAGCAAAGGCAAGAAGGUGUUCGUUUUGAAAUGUUCCCAGUGUCACACCGUGGAGGAAGGUGGCAAACACAAAACGGGGCCCAAUCUGUGGGGCCUGUUCGGGAGGAAGACCGGACAAGCCCCCGGCUUCACUUACACGCAGGCCAACAAGGACAAAGGUAUCGUGUGGGGUGAAGACACCCUGAUGGUCUACCUUGAAAACCCAAAGAAAUACAUUCCCGGUACCAAGAUGAUAUUCAGCGGUCUGCGCAAGAAAAAAGAGAGAGAAGACAUCAUCGCGUAUUUAAAGGACGCCACCUCGCCCAAGUAGGCAGACAAACAAAUGGCCGUGCUGUAAGUGUGCACCACACUUACAAAGUUUACAUUUGGCAACUCUUACUUUACACAUUUGUUACUGUUACAUUUUUUGUUUACAAGCCUCCUUUUAAUUCCUAAACUAUAAUAUUUUUAUAUUUGGUCUACAAUCAGGCUUAUUGCAAUGUAAACUCGACACAUACUGUACUUGAUUUCAUGUACUGUGCCUCAACAUUUGCAAUACAAUGAAUUAUUUGA